UCUAAUUGACAUUGCAUGGUAGUCACGGUAGUCAUCAACUUGAUUAAGACAAAAUCGCUUCGUUUUUUUCGGUUUAAACAAAAUUUAAUCAGUUCAAGAAAUUCAAAAUGAAUAAGUUGACCAUCGACAAAGUCUCUCUGGCCGGUAAACGCGUUCUCAUGCGGGUUGAUUUCAAUGUCCCCAUGAAAGAUGGAAAAAUCACGAAUACUCAACGUAUAACGGCUGCGUUAGCAACGAUCGAGCAUGCAAUUAAAGGUGAUGCAAAAAGCAUCGUUUUAAUGUCUCAUAUGGGGCGCCCAAACGGACAAAAAAACCCAAAGUUUACUUUAAAACCAGUUGCUGAUGAGCUUAAUAAUGUCCUGAAGAAACAUAAUCGAGAAGUAACUUUUCUUCAUGAUUGCGUUGGUCCUGAAGUCGAAGCGGCUUGCGCCGAUCCCAAACCAGGUUCGAUCAUUCUCUUGGAAAAUCUUCGCUUCUAUAAGGAAGAGACGGGAAAGGGAAAGGAUGAUAGCGGUCAUAAAGUGAAGGCGGAUCCUGCAAAAGUAAAAGAAUUCCGGCAGAGUUUGAGGAAAUUGGGCGAUAUCUAUGUUAAUGACGCUUUCGGAACGGCUCAUAGGGCCCAUUCGAGCAUGGUCGGGGAAGGUUUUGAUGUCCGAGCUGCUGGAUUUCUUUUAAAAAAGGAGUUGGAAUACUUCUCGAAAGCCCUCGAUAAACCCGUAAAGCCGUUUUUGGCGAUUUUGGGUGGGGCUAAAGUUGCCGAUAAAAUUUUAUUGAUUGAAAAUUUGUUGGAUAAAGUUAAUGAGAUGAUUAUCGGUGGGGGGAUGGCUUAUACGUUCUUAAAGGAAGCUAAAGGGAUGAAGAUUGGUGGUUCCCUCUUCGAUAAACGAGGCGCUGUAAUUGUGAAUUGCAUCAUGGAGAAAGCCCACGAGAUGAACGUCAACAUCCAUCUUCCAGUUGAUUUUGUAACCGCCGAUAAAUUUAAAGAGGAUGCCACCGUAGGCGCUGCAACCGUUGAAUCUGGAAUUCCCGACGGCCACAUGGGGUUAGAUGUUGGCCCGCAAACCCGCCAAAUCUUCCAUGACACCAUAACAAAGGCGAAAACCAUCGUUUGGAAUGGCCCCCCCGGCGUUUUUGAAUUCAAAAAUUUCCGCGCUGGAACGGAAGCGAUGAUGCACGCGGUUGUUGAGUCAACAGCAGCUGGUGCUAUUAGUAUUGUUGGGGGUGGCGACACUGCGACAGUUUGCAAAAAAUUUAAAACUGUCGAUAAAGUCUCUCAUGUCUCCACGGGAGGUGGCGCUAGUUUAGAGUUACUUGAAGGCAAAACCUUACCCGGAGUUGCCGCCUUAUCAGAUGCAUAAUUAAAACGUCAAAAACUUGUUACAUCCAUUAAUAAAAGUUUCUACAUCGAUUAUUAACACCAUAAACAAUUUAUUUCAUCUCUUUUUACUUACAAACCCAAUAAAAAAAUCGGAUUUCAUAAUCCAAAAAAGGAUAAUAAUAUAUACUUUUAUGUAAACUAAAAAGAGAUGGAAAAGUAUCUUAGAAUCAAAUUUUUUGAACCAUACAUCUUACUGUCAAAAUCGUGCCAAUGUAACCUAAAAAAAUACAUUAUUAAUAAUUU